CCUAAUGUUUUUUUGGCUCAGAAUUUGUUAAACACUUGAAAACUCCAUUCUCAUUCCCUCACUCUCGUGGCCUCGAACGGCACAGGUAUGUCGUCUCCUCUCUUCUUCUUGUCUUUUUCUUCCUCUCGCUCUCACUCUCUCGCAGCGCCGACUACACUAGCAUUGGUGCUGCCCCUUUGUUUCCCUCUCCUCUGUUCUUCUUCUCUUCUCUUCUUUUCUCUCCCUCCGUCUCGCUCUCCCUCUCUCACAGUGCCAACUGCACUGGCAGUGGCGCUGCCCUUUUUUCUUUUCUUUUUUUCUCUUUGUUUACCAGCAGCUGCUUUCGUGGAAGAUGUCCACACCUACCUCUCUCAAUUAGGUCUCGAUGUCAACUCUGCCCUCUCUUUCCUCCAAGAAAGGCUUCAGCAAUACAGGUUGGUCGAGAUUAAACUUCUUGCACAGCAGAGGGCUCAGGCUUCAGCAAUACAGUGGACAGAAGGAAUGAGAGGAGAGAAACAUGAAGGGGCAUAUAUAAUCAGUUAAAAAACUCAUCUUAGGUAAAGGGCUCAAGGAACUGAAAUGCAUCUUUAUGUAAGAUGCACCUGUGCUUUAUGAACUGUCUGACAGA